AUGGCCGCAAAAUCAAUCACCGAAGCCGACGGAAAGGCAAUCAUCAACUACCACCUCACAAGAGCGCCCGUCAUCAAGCCCUCUCCUCUCCCAAAGUCCAGCACACAUAACGCGCCUGCAAAGCUCGCCUCUCUCUACUUCCCCCAAGACGCCGAGGUCUCAGCAAUUCUCGACCAAGCCGAAACUCUGUACCCAUGGCUUCUCACUCCCGGUGCCAAGUUCGUUGCAAAGCCUGAUCAACUGAUCAAGCGACGAGGCAAAAGCGGUCUGCUUGCUUUGAACAAGACUUGGCCGGAAGCAAAGGCUUGGGUUGCUGCCCGUGCCGGAAAACCACAACAAGUAGAGACCGUCGUCGGUGUACUGCGUCAAUUCUUGGUUGAGCCUUUCGUACCACAUCCCGAUGGAACCGAGUACUACAUCAAUAUCAAUUCUCAAAGAGAGGGUGACUGGAUUCUGUUCACACACGAGGGAGGUGUUGAUGUCGGUGAUGUCGAUGCCAAAGCUGAGAAGCUCCUGAUCCCAGUUGAUCUUUCCGAAUACCCUUCAAACGACAAAAUCGCAGCCACUCUCCUCAAGAAGGUUCCCAAAGGUGUACACAACGUCCUCGUUGACUUCAUUACCAGACUCUACGCUGUUUACGUUGAUUCCCAAUUCACAUAUCUCGAGAUUAACCCCUUGGUUGUCAUCCCCAACGCUGAUGCUACAUCUGCUGCCGUCCACUUCUUGGAUCUGGCUGCUAAGCUUGACCAAACUGCUGAGUUCGAGUGUGGUGUCAAAUGGGCUGUCGCACGUUCGCCUGCCGCCCUUGGCCAGGCCGCUGUAAAGGCCGCUGAUGGCAAGGUCAACAUUGAUGCUGGCCCACCUAUGGAAUUCCCAGCCCCAUUCGGUCGUGAAAUGAGCAAGGAGGAAGCGUACAUUGCCGAGAUGGACGCAAAGACUGGUGCAUCACUCAAGCUGACGGUCCUCAACCCCAACGGAAGAGUUUGGACCCUUGUCGCUGGUGGUGGUGCCUCCGUUGUCUAUGCAGACGCCAUUGCCAGCAGUGGUUUCGCUGACGAGCUUGCCAACUACGGUGAAUACUCUGGAGCUCCAACAGAGACCCAGACCUUCCACUACGCUCGCACCGUUAUUGAUCUUAUGCUCCGCGCGCCGAUCACCCCUGAGGGCAAGGUUCUAUUCAUCGGUGGUGGUAUUGCCAACUUCACCAAUGUCGCCUCAACUUUCAAGGGUGUCAUCCGAGCUCUCAAGGAGUUCAGCAGCCAACUGAUCGAGCACAAGGUCCAAAUCUGGGUUAGACGUGCUGGACCCAACUACCAAGAAGGAUUAAAGAACAUCAAGUCGGUAGGUCAAGAAUUGAACCUGGACAUGCAUGUGUACGGCCCAGAAAUGCACGUCAGCGGUAUCGUGCCUCUCGCACUCAUUCCUGGUCGCUUGGCGCACAGCAAGGUGGAGGAGUUCAGAGGUUAA